AUGACUUUCUUGCGGGGUAACGACCGAUUUGAAGUGGAAUCGUUGAAAAAUGCGAUUAAAAGUGUGGAUCAGCUUUUUUUAACUGGAGAGAACUCUGAAUCUCGGAAUAGGGUACUUUUAGAACAUUUCAAAAAUGCCAACGCGCUAAUUCUAGGAAGGAAACCAUUUGAAAAAGCUUGUGAAGUUCAAAAAUACUUCAUUCGAAAUUUCAAAAGUAUCGCAUAUUGUGAUGAUGUUUCACUUGAUGAUAUGUUAUUGGUUAACAGUGAGAGAGUCGAAUUAUCCCGUCCAAUAUCUCAGAAACAAUUCAUUCGAUUUCUCAAGCAUUGGAUUCGUGGAUCUAAUCCAAGACUGCAAUUCAUGAAUCUAUACAUCGAUAUUGCUGAUUUAGUAAACGGAGAGGUGUAUUUGAAAGGAAUCAACUGGAUUGAAAUAACUGAAGAGUCGAAGAAAGAAAUCCGUCAAAAACACGGAAUUGACGAUUGA